AAAAUUAACAUAAUCUGUGCAUUGAAAAUAAGCAACACACGUGUGGAACAAAUUAUUUUAAAAUUAAUUUUCUGAGCUGGUCUAGGUAUGACUAAAAAGAAAUUAUUUGACGAAGAUUCAGAAGAGGAUGAGACUGAUUUGAAAACAGAGAAUAGCUAUGCAAAGAAUUAUGAUAGAUGGCGGGAGAAGGAAGAACUUCAUAAAUUGGAACAGAAGUAUGGUCAGAAACCCAGUUCAGAUGUAUCUGGGUCUGACAGCGAGGAUGAGAGUGAUGAGCCUCCAGAAAUUUCAGAAGAAAUUGAAACACAAUUCCUUAAAACCUUGUCCUUAUUAAAAACUAAGGAUCCUAGAGUAUAUGAUCCCAAUUAUAAAUUCUUCAAUGAAAAGGUAGAAAAGGAAAAAGAAAUAACUGAAGAUGUGAAGAAAGUGACUUUUGCUGACAGUGACGAAGAUGAUGAUGAUAAUCCAAAUAUAUUUAAUAUUGAGAAAAAAGCUGUAAUAGAGGAUCCUACUAAAACUGAGGACGAAAAAUUGAAAAAAUAUUUAACUGGUAAAGCUGAUCACAUUGAUGAAGAAAUUGAAAAGGAUUUGGAACCAUUGAAAGCUUUGUGGUCUGAUCCAAAACUGAAUGAUGGUGAAGCUUUUCUUAGAGACUACAUCCUAAAUAAGAGAUAUCUAGAAACAGAAGAAGCAGAGGAAACAGAUCAGAAAAUCCGUGAUGAUGAAGAUCUUGAGGCUGAUGAAAAGACAGUUGAGGAGCAAGGCAAGUUCGAGAGAGCAUAUAACUUUAGAUUUGAAGAGCCUGAUGAUGAAUAUCUAAAACGCUAUCCCCGAACUAUGAACUUCAUUCGUCCCAAAGACGAUCGUAGAUCUCGAAAACGAGCAGAAAUAGCGCAAAGGAAAGAAGAGGAAAAGAAAAAGAAGAUGGAGGAGAUUGGGCGAAUGAAAGCUCUUAAAUUGAAAGAGAUUCAGGAGAAGAUUGCCAAGAUCAAGGAAGUCACAGGAAAUGAAGAACUAGCUUUUGAGGAAGCAGAUAUAGAAGGAGACUUUGAUCCAGCUGAGCAUGAUAGACGGAUGAAAGCAAUAUUUGAUGAACAGUUUUACGGAGAAGCUGAUGAUGAGAAACCAGUGUUUCCAGAUCUUGAUGAGGAGCUAGAGAUUGAAAAUUGGGAAAAAUAUAAUGUGCAACAAGACAAUAAGCACGAUGAAGAUGAACUUCAUUGUGAAGAUGAAGAUUUCAAUAUGGAUGCUGAUUACGAUCCAAAAGAAGCAAAGAAAAAUCUUGUAGAAGAAUUGAAAAGAGAUCAGAACAAGAAGCGCAGAAAUAGGAAACGGAAAUCAAAACUGGCCGAAAUACUAGCACAGGAAAAGCCAAAGUUCGCACCACAAGUGGAAAAGAGUUAUGCGGAAUAUAUGGAAGAAUACUAUAAAAUGGACUGUGAGGAUGUAAUUGGGGAUCUGCCGACAAGAUUCAAGUACAGAGAAGUUGUACCAAAUGACUUUGGACUCACUAUUGAAGAGAUACUGCUAGCAGAUGACAAAGAAUUGACACAGUGGGUGCCACUAAAGAAACUUGUGAAAUAUCGUCCAGAAAAUAUUGAGAAGAGUGAAGUAAACACAUACAGACAAAAAGCAGCAGAUGAAAGACUAAAAAAGAAGAUUCUACCUAGUCUGUUUAAGGAUCUACCAGAAGAGCCUGAAAUAGUAGUACCUGUAGAAGAAACCAUUUUGAAGAAAAAGAAAAAGAAGAAGAAAAAUAAAAGUAAAUCUGAAGAUGCUACUGCUACAAACAAUACUAUUUUAGAAAAUCAAGAAAUAAAUUCAGAAGCAACUAACAUAGUGGAACCUGAUAAAAAGUCUAAAAAGAAAAAGAAUCGUGAUAGUACAAAAGAAAGUAAUAUUCUUACUAAUGAACUGUCAAAUAUAGGAAAUGAAGAUAAUGUAAUUAGUCAAGAAAUAAAUUCUAACAACCAUGUUCAAUCUAAAAAGAAAAAGAAGAACACAAUAGAUAAUUUGAAGGAUAAUUCAAAACAUAUUGAGAUUUCCAUAGAUGAUAAAACGAAAGUUGAGGAAACUAAACAUGCAGACAAGAAAAGUAAGAAAAAACAUAAAAAAGUUUUCAAUAAUGAAAUCAUUAAUUUAAGUGUAACAAGCAGUGGAGAAAUAAACGAGAAUAAAAGCCAACUAAAUGAUAAUCAUAAUAAUGUUAAUACAAAGAAUAAAAUUAAGAAAAUGAAAAAUAACAAUUUCAUAGUAGAAGAUGUUACGGAAGCAUCUAAUAAGGCAAGUACUAACGCGAGAACGAAAAAUACGCAAAAACGUAAAGCCAAUCAUGAUAAUAGCAAUAUCCCAAGAAAAAAGAAUAAGAACAAAAAACAAUGGAAGUCUCAUGACAAGAAUGAAAAUACAAAUCCUCUAGCAAAGCUAUCAGAUGAACGUUUGAAGGCUUACGGAUUAAAUCCCAAAAAGUAUAGGAGUUUCUUGAAAUAUAAAAAGUUUUAAAUCUUAUUUGUAUGAUGUUGUUGUUAUGGAAACUAUUAAAAUAAAUUUUUAUUUUUUGUGUA